UUAACCCGGAAGAAGGUGGAGUUCUCCUCAGUCGGGAGUUGGCUGGAUGAGGAAGCGGCUGAAACCAGAACCAGAUUCAGGACCAGAACCAGCGGGACGUGAACCUGACAGCAGGACCACCUAACUCUGAGCCACAAACCCAGUUCAGACCGACAACGAGCCGCAGUGUGUCCGCUGUUUGUGAAACUUUCUUCGGUAACUCGCCCAGUUAGCCCGCUAACGGCUAGUUCACCUGCCUGCUAACAGGGAAGUGACGGUGUCAGGUGAAGUCGGACUCCAGCAGCAGGUGUCUUUUCUCCAGAGGACUCAGACAGUAGAAGAAGAAGAUGACGAGCGGGGGAUUGAACAGCAUCGAUGCGGUGAAGAAGAAGAUCAAAGUGCUGCAGGAGCAGGCGGAGGAGGCAGAGGAUCGAGCUGAAAGACUGCAGAAGGAGGUGGAGAAGGAGAAGAAGGGCAGAGAGGAGGCGGAAGCGGAGGUGACGUCCCUCAGUCGGCGUCUGCAGGUUGUUGAAGAUAACCUGGAUCAAGUUCAGGAGAGACUGACCAAAACCCUGUUUAAACUGGAUGAGGUGGAAAAGGUUGCAGAUGAGAGCGAGAGAGGUAUGAAGGUGAAAGAGAACAGAGCUCUGAAGGAUGAAGAGAAGAUAGAGCAGCUGGAGAGUCAACUGAGAGAAGCCAAAGAGAUUGCUGAGGAGGCCGACCGCAAAUAUGAAGAGAUCGCUCGGAAACUGGUGAUGGUGGAAGGAGACCUGGACCGAGCUGAAGACAGAGCCGAGCAGGGAGAAAGUAAGGUUCGGAGGUUGGAGGAGCAGUUGAGGGUUCACGACCAAUCAUUGAAGAGUCUGCAGGCAUCUGAGGACCAGUACUCUCAGAAGGAAGACAAGUACGAAGAGGAGAUCAAGAACCUGACCAGGAAACUCACGGAGGCUGAGUCCAGAGCUGACACUGCGGAGCGUUCAGUUGCCAAACUGGAGAAAACCAUCGAUUGUCUGGAAGAGGCUUUGACUUCGGCCAAAAAUGCCAACAUGGAGCUCCAGGCGACUCUGACUCAGACCAUGGACGAGCUCAACUCCUGCUGAACCUCCCCCUCUGCCUCUCCCCCACUGCUCCUCCCACCCCCCUCUGCUGCCUGACAAGUGGACGUCAGGGACUCUGUGGCCAAAUCAUUCCUAUGACUCCUCCUCCUCUCCUCCCACUCUCACUCAUCUCACCUCCCUUCUGCUCUCCUCCUGGUGGACGUUUGGGAGGUUAAACAUUCCUCCCCCUCCUUACCUCCCCCCCUCUCCUCCCCCUGCUGGCUGCUUGGUUGACAUCAGGAAACAUUCCCUCUCCUUCUUUGACCUCCUCUCCCUCUUCUGCACCUCCUCUCCUGGUGGAUGUGAGAUAGGAGUCAGUGCCCCCCCCCCCCCCCCCACCCCCACCCCUCCCCAUGUCCUCUUCUUAAUGAUUCCUGCUUUCACACAUUCCUUCUCUGAUUUUUAAAGUCUUAUUUGGAGUGUUGCUUUACUUUACUCCUCAUGUCUGGAGGUCUGCCUCCCCCCCUCCUCACUCACUGACAGUGCCAACUCCCCCCACCUCCCCCUCCUCAGUAUUAUGUGCAGGAGGCCAGACAAGGAGCUAUAAGGGAGUUUAACAGUGACUUACAGCCAUUCCCUCGUAAAGAACUAAUGAACGACUAACGAAGUGUUUGUCUUAAUGGUUUGUUGUUACUUUGUUAAUGAUUAAUUGAUUGAUUUAUAGAGCAGACAUCCUGUCAGCCAAUGAUCUUUAGUUUGGUUCCUGGGGGCGUGUUAUGAAGUAGCCAAUCACAAAGAGGCAUUCCACUACUGUGCAUGGUAGUCCAGGGGCCAAUCACAGACACAGUCGACCUUUUCCCUGAUGACACAAAUAAAUAAAGUUUAGAAAUGUUUUUACCCUGAAGCUGGUGAUGAUGUCAUCACUGUGCUGAUGUCACAGCUCAUUGUAAUUAAUCAUGAGACAGGAUUUUAUAAAAUAAAAGCACCGUUACUGGUAUUUAGGUCCAA